ACCAAAACCCAACAGGUAACAACAUGAUAUGCUGAUAUCUAUCGAUCGACCAUCAUUGGUAUCAUAAUCCAUAAGUUUCUGACUUUUUGAGCGUACAAUACGGACUCGUCUGUCUUCAGAUGAUCAACAGAACUCUGUAAACAAUUCUUCAAGUGUGUCGGUCUUCCGGCCAGGCAAGUUACAUUCAAUCAGAAUGGCAGGACCGGAACGGGAAUUUACAGGACUAAACGAUGCUGAUAGACGGCAUUUUGACUUCAUGCAGACUUUACUCCGUAUAUCUGAUGAACUCUCUGAUGAGGAAACAGCGAAUGUUAAGUUGUUCUGCAUGCACCUGAUUCCGAAAAAUAAGUCGGAAAAACUCAACCGGGCAGUUGAUGUUUUCGUUGUUCUGAUAGAAUUGUGCAAAAUAGACCAGGAGAACCUGGACUUUGUUGAAGAGAUCUUGGAGAGAAUUGGACGACAGGAUCUUGUAAGGGAUAUCUUGCGCCCGUUCCAACCGCCUGACCGAGAGAUUCCUGAGAACCCCGAACUUCGACCUGGAACACAAAGUGCUGAGGAUGGAACUGCAGAUGGAACUACAAUGUCCAACACCUACUUGGUUAUAAAUGGUCAAAGGCACAUGAUCCAGGAAACCAUAGAUCAUCAUAGACGCAACAUAGCAUCGCUGUGUCGCAUUAAAAGGUCACAGGUCAAGUUCAGAGGGUACAAGAAAGGCAAGAGCAUCCUGGUGCACUUCUCCAUUCCGCGGGAGAACACAGGAGUGCUAAGGCUCAUGGCAAAUCACUCCGACCCGAGGCUUGUAUACAUGGGCGUCAAGUCACUGCAAAUCGACACGGAAGCACCCAUAGAGGUCACAAGGGAAACAAUGCUGUAUGAUUUCAAGAGACAGGUACCAGCAGAUGACAUUGAAGUAGGAUGCAGUACUCAAAUCAAACAACAGAGGACGCCAAAGAACUGGACCCGCCUGUCUGCCCUGAACCUGUUCUCCGACGCCCUGCCCCUCCACUUGCAGGUAGCCGAGAGUCUGGAGUACCAGGGCUUUUCCUACAGCCUGGUCCGGGCUCUGGCGCAGAGGGAUCGGCUGAGAGAACACCAGAUGAAGCAGCUCAUCCAAACCCUCAAGAAGGCAGAGGUGGAUUCCAACACGUUCAUGACCAUGCGUUCUGAGCUGAUCAUCAGAAAAAAUGAGUUAAAAGAAGCCCGUGAGACCAUCACAGUUCUAGAAAAACAGCUUCAGCUGGCUCGUGAAGACACAGAGAAAGCCAAGCAAGUCAUGAUCAGGUCUCACGUGAUGGAGUACAGGGGAGAGAAGCCACCUGGAGGCUGGUCCGGACAGGCCGAGAAGAUAGAUGUAGCUACACAAACACACCUAAUGGAUGACAAGCGCACUAAACGAAUGCCAGGAUUUUUUUCUGCAAUGACAGAAUCUGACAAUGGGAGAAAGCCAGAGGAAGUUCAACAGAUUUCGUCCCCAUCGAGAAAGGAGCAAAACCAAUCCAAGCCAGCUGGGGCGGAGGGAACAACUGUUCACGCAGCUGAUGAUGGGAAUUUGGCAAAAAGUAAAGUGACUUACGGUGGGCUGGGUUUGGGGCGUACGUUUGUGAACCCGCGCGGUGUUGCAGUGUCCAGGAGUAAUGAAAUAUUUGUGGCUGACACAGGCAACAAACAGGUUCAAGUACACAGCAUACAUGGUAAUCGCCUCCAAAACUUUCCAACAGUUGUUUCAGGUCAGUUAAUGGAGCCACAUGACGUGUCUGUUGAUAAUAACGGCGCUCUGUGGGUAGUUGGACGAGGAAAAUCAGCCGACUAUGUUGUACAAUACAACAUGGAUGGCACUAUCGUGUCAAAGUUUGACCUACCAAAGGUUGGGGACUACCGAGGGAUUGCAGUUGACGGUGUAUCCCGCGUAGACUUUAAGCGCAUCUUGGUGACUGAGGCCAGUCGAGAGAUGUCGCGAUGGGAAAUACAGGUGUUCACUCCAGAAGGAGACCUGGUACAGGCGUUUCGGCAUCCAGAUUCUGGAAUGAAACUCCCUGAGUACGUUGCUGUGGAUGAGGGUGGGAACAUCCUUGUGACCGACAGCACUACUCAUUCAGUCUACAUAUUUGAUGAGUUUGGGAAGUACCUAUUCAAGUUUGGUGGUAAGGGAAGUGGCAAAGGCCAGAUGCUGUAUGCAAACGGUAUCUGUACAGACAGCUCGGGGCAUAUCAUAGUGGCGGACUGUAGGAACAGUCGGGUACAGAUUUUCAAUAGCCACGGCGAGUACAUCCAUCACAUUGACAAUGGGUGCUGGACAGAAGGUGUGGCCAUUGGACCAGACGGUCACCUGGUAGUGACCAAUUUCUAUGACAAUACAGUGUCUGUAUAUCCAAGUUAUUAAUCAUGUGAAGUCUUCCAGUUAUUGAUCAUGUGAAAUUUUCCACUUUGGUAUGUAAAAUUCUCCAGCUAUCAAUUAUGUAAGAUUCUCCAGUUAUCAAUAAUGUAAAUUUUCCAGUUAUUAAUUAUGUGAAAAUUCCAGUUAUCAAUCAUGUGAAAUUUUCCAGUCAUUAAUCUUGUGAAAUAUUCCAGAUAUUAAUCAAUUUUGUGAAAUUCUGCAGUCAUUGAUAAUGUGAUAUCUUCUGAAUGUAAAUAUGUAUUUUCUUUUAAUCUGUUAAGUUUUGGAAUCUGAUAUUGCAAUGCAGGCACGAGCAGACAAACAAGUAAAAGUGAUCUAGAAAAAAGGAACUCAAAUACAAACAGCUUAGAAAGAAUUUGGUAAGUCCUGAGACCUAAGCCAGGAUUGU